CCUUGCAUCCAAACUCACACAGACAACAUGGUUCACUGGGCCAGCCUUUUUGUACAAGCUCAACCAUGGUCAUGACAAUAUACAAGAAAAGUAUGAACUUGUAAGCCCUGAAACGGACACUGAGAUACAUUCUGAAAUUGCUAGCUAUCUGACGCUUGUUGGGAGCAAAGGUCUCUCUGCCACACGAUUCCAACGUUUUUCAUCCAUGCGCUCAUUGACCAGAGCAAUUGCAAGAUUGAUGCACAUCGUCAGGUCGUAUAAACAAAAUACGUCUAACGGGUGCAAAGGAUGGCACUUUUGCAAAAUUCCAAGUAGCCCAGAAGAAUUGUCACAAGCUGUAUUUGUCAUCAUAAAAGCAACUCAGGAAGAACAUUUCUCAAGUGACAUUGCUGCACUUGAACGCACACAGUCAGUGCCGAAAAACAGUGCACUUCAAAAGCUUAACCCCACCUUAAAAGACGGUUUGAUCUGCGUGGGUGGCAGAUUAAAACAUGCAAACAUAAACACUACAGAAAAGCACCCGAUCAUCCUGCCGAAGAAAAGUCAUGUUUCUUUACUGCUCGUGAGACAAUAUCAUGACAAGGUGCAACACCAAGGCCGCCAUUUUACUGAAGGAGCCCUGAGAGCAGCAGGCUAUUGGCUGAUAGGUGGGAAACAGCUUAUUGCAUCAGUUAUCCACAAGUGCGUCAUGUGCCGCCAGUUACGUCGCAAAGUGGAAGGACAGCUGAUGGCAGACCUGCCCCCAGAACGUCUGCAGACUUCUCCACCUUUCACGUACGUUGGUGUAGACGUGUUUGGUCCCUGGCCGGUUAUCUCCAAGCGCACAAGAGGUGGCGAAGCUCAAAGCAAACGAUGGGCUAUGCUUUUUUGCUGCAUGAGUUCAAGGGCUGUGCAUAUUGAAAUCAUUGCCUCAUUAGAUACAUCCAGCUGUAUCAAUGCAUUGAGAAGAUUCUUCGCGAUAAGAGGACCCGCAAAGCAGAUCCGUUCAGACUGUGGCACAAAUUUCGUGGCAGCUGCUAAAGAACUCGGACUGAAUUCCAAAAAUCCAGAUGCAACAGUGCAAAAAUUCUUGACCGACCAAAAUUGUGCUUGGGUGUUCAAUCCACCUCAUGCCUCACACAGAGGAGGGUCAUGGGAGCGACUAAUUGGACUCUCAAGACGCAUCUUGAACGCCAUUCUGCUCAAAAACAACAUUCAACUCACACACGAUGUUCUGUGGACUUUAUUGAUGGAAGUGACUGCUAUCAUUAACGCUCGACCGCUUGUUCCAGUCUCCAAUGAUUCCGAGUCACCUUUCAUUCUCUCCCCCGCCAUGAUUCUUACACAAAAAGUAGGAGUUCCUGCACCGCCAGGAGAAUUUACGGACAAAGACCUCUACCUCAAACAGUGGAGACAAGUCCAGUCGCUCGCGAACCAAUUCUGGCGAUGUUGGCGCCAGGACUACCUUCCUACCUUGCAGAGUCGGAGGAGAUGGACUGAGAAAAAAAGAGAUGCAAAAGUAGGAGACAUCGUGAUCCUGAAGGACUCUCAAACUGCUCGGAACGAAUGGCCUAUGGCGAUGGUGACAGCUGUCUUCCCAGGAAGGGAUGGCAGAGUUCGAGAGGUUCAACUCAAAGUGUCAUCACAAGGUUCUUCUAAGACUUUUCAAAGACCCAUUUCUGAAACUGUUCUUCUUUUGCCUGUUGAUUAGUUGGGGUUAAGAUGUUGAUUAGUGACCUGAUAAGGUCAGGCGGGGAGUGUUCUGCCUUUUGCGAUCUGUGUUAUAUUCUAUUAUUGACAUUUUGUAUUGAAAUGCAUGCCUUUUAGUUGAUGGCGCUUUCGCGGCCAAGUGGGGGCGCACUCGUGCUUGUUUACGCCAAGAAGGGCGCUUGCACAUGAAGAAGAGCGCUCACGCCAGAAGAAGACAGACUGCUGCGAAGCAACCAGCGAGUGGGCAAGUUAGAGAAAGAGGAAAAUACAGCCGUGAACCUACGUUCAUUGUUGGUGCUUGUAAAAUACCUCCACAGAAGCAACGCCUUUUCACUCUUCAAGUGAUGGUGUUAUAAAGACGGCCAAAUAAAGUCAACAAAUCACACGGACGCCUAGCAUCGUCAUUUAAGAGUUUAGCUCGCUGUAAUAGCCAGGACCGAGCCUAGCGUCCUGGCGAGGACAGUACAAUGGCAUUUAAGUUGUAUUAUGGCAGUGUAAACUUUUUUUGGGUCACCCUGUAAGACCACUGAUAAUCUCCCUCGAUCUGGGGCUCCAUGCAAGAUUUCACCCCGUGGCGUCAAAAUGAUAACAAGAACGGUGAGCAAAAAUCCCAGAACCACACGGGGGGACCUAGGGAAUGACCUACAGAGAGCUUGGACCACAGUAACAAAGGCUACUAUCAGUAACACAAUGCGCCACCAGGGACUCAAAUCCUGCACUGCCAGACGUGUCCCACUGCUGAAGAAAGUACACAUCCAGGCCUGUCUGCGGUUCGCUAGAGAGAAUUUGGAUGAUCCAGAAGAGGACUGGGAAAAUGUGUUAUGGUCAGAUGAAACCAAAAUAGAACUUUUUGGUAGAAACACAGGUUCUCGUGUUUGGAGGAGAAAGAAUACUGAAUUGCAUCCGAAGAACACCAUACCCACUGUGAAGCAUGGGGGUGGAAACAUCAUGUUUUGAGGCUAUUUUUCUGCAAAGGGACCCGGACGACUGAUCUGUGCAAAGGAAAGAACUAAUGGGGCCAUGUAUUGAGAGAUUUUGAGUGAAAAUCUCCUUCCAUCAGCAAGGGCAUUGAAGAUGAGACGUGGCUGGGUCUUUCAGCAUGACAAUGAUCCCAAACACACAGCCAGGGCAACAUAGGAGUGGCUUCGUAAGAAGCAUUUCAAGGUCCUGGAGUGGCUUAGCCAGUCUCCAGAUCUCAAACCCAUAGAAAAUCUGUGGAGGGAGUUGAAAGUCCGUGUUGCCCAACAACAGCCCCAAAACUUCACUGCUCUAGAGGAGAUCUGCAUGUAGGAAUGGGCCAAAAUACCAGCAACAGUGUGUGAAAAGCUUGUGAAGAGUUACAGAAAACGUUUGGCCUCUGUUAUUGCCAACAAAGGGUACAUAACAAAGUAUUGAGAUGAUCUUUUGGUAUUGACCAAAUACUUAUUCUCCACCAUGAUUUGCAAAUAAAUUCUUUAAAAAUCAAACAAUGUCAUUUUCUGUUUUUUUUCUACAUUCUGUCUCUCAUGGUUGAGGUUUACCCAUGUUGACAAUUACAGGCCUCUCUAAUAUU